AUGAUCGUCCCCAAAUACUUCAUUCUCGCUGGCGCGCUUUCCACCCUCGUUUCCGCGAACCCGCUCCCGGUCGACAAUACUGCAGUCGAGUCUCGUGACUUUGAGCCGGUCGACGCUAUUCACGCUCGUGCCGAGGACCCCCCAUCCGAGAUCGACAUCGAUAACGAUGAGGUCAUCAACAAGAUCGGCGGCGGCGGUGGCGCCCGUGGCGGCAGCGUCGGUGGCGGCUCGAGGGGUAGCUCUGGCAGUUCUGGCAGCUCCGGCGGUGGUUACCGUGGUAGCUCGGGCUCGAGUGGCAACCGUGGCUCGAGUGGUAACCGUGGUGCGGGUAUCGCUGGAGCUGGUGCUGGAGCGGGUCUUGGAGCUGGUUUGGGCUACGGCGCCGCGCACGGAGGGCACUACGGCAACCGUAACAGCACCGAGUCCGAGCAGGCCCCGCAGAGCACUGGUGGCGCAUCAGCCUCCAGCCCCGCCGCUUCUGCUCCAGCCCAGUCCCAGAGGGCCGCCGCUGGCCGCGCCUACCCUGCCACUGCUGCAGUAGUUGUUGCUGCCGCCAUCUUCGCGUCGGUUUAA